AUGCCGGACGUGCGGGAGCGGGCGCGGAUGGUGCUCGGGAGCAUCUCGCAGGCCCCUGCCGUAGCGGUCGGGGAGAUGCUCUGCCUCGUGGUGCCGUCGGCGUUCCACGUGGUCCUCCUCGCGGCCGGGGGAUACAGGGCUGGUCUCGGCCUGUGUCGCCGGUGGCGCGUCUUGAGACAGCUGCUCCUGCUGCGACGCUUCGGCUCCAGCGCAAGGGUGGCCUGGCGGUUCGGGGCAGAGGUGAGGCAGAGGAGGGAGGACAUGUCUAGUGAGGCAGACGAGGUGGACAAAUCGAGUGAUCUGGAGAGGGCGAUUGUCCAGCUGCCGGGCGCUGCCGCGCUGUAUAUGUGGCACGCGCGCUGUGCACCGCCAGGCCUGCGCCCCGCCCCUGUGCACAGCUGGAUGGCGUCGGUGGCGGGCGGUGGUGCUGUCGACGGCAGCAGGCACAAACUCGGCAGCUUCUUUGCCAAGUGCUGGCUUGAGCCCUUGUUCUUGAUCAGGGUGGUGGUCGAGGGGACCCACGCGGCGCGACAGCCACUGGAGGAGCUGCUGCAGACGCCCCAGGCGAGGUCGCUGCUGGACGGCCAGGCCGAGGUGCAGCUCCCCGAGCUCCUCGGCCUGGCGCAGGCCGCCGCGGGGCGCGAGCGCGAGGCCGACCUGGACCCCGGCAGCGCGGUGAAGGCGGACGUCGUGGGGCUCCUCCCGUGCACGCGGUACGCGGUGACCGUGCGGGCGUGCUACCCCGCGACGGGGGUCGGCGGCCUGCCCAGCGCGGAGCCCGCCGCCCUCUCCUGCGCCGCCGUGACGCCCGGCGGGGCGGCGCCGCCGGCGGCGCCGCGCCUGGUGCCGCUCGGCCCCAGGCUCGCCGAGGCGAUGGGCGCGGCCGGCGGCGAGGCCAGCGAGGGGGCUGGCGCCCGCGAGGCCGUGCUCGACGUCGAGAGCCUCCCUGGCUACGCGCUGGAGUACCACGCGGCGGGCCUCCAGGCGGCGCACUUCGACGCGCUGGGCGGCGCGGAGCGCUCGCUCUUCGGGGGCAGCUGGCAGGCCGACGGGGGGCCGUGGCACCUGGUGCCCUCCGCGGAGGUCCAGGGCUGCGCGGGCGAGGGCGGCCACAAGGUGAGGGUGACGCUGCCCCCCUUUGGCUCGCAGCCUCCCCUGCCCGACGUCGUCGAGUUUCGGCUGCGCGCCCUGGCGCGCUCCGCGGCGCACCCGUGCCGCUGGGCCGGCGGCAUCUCCGAGCCCGUGGCCGUGUGCAUCGCGCCGCCGCACCGCAGGCCGCGCCUGCGCCACGUGAUCACGGACGACCGCUGGUGCGUGAGCGUGGCAGUCGACCUGUUCAAGGGGGCUCUGCCGCCGACUCCGCCCGUGCCCCUGUGCCAGAGCCUCGAGGCCCUCGACGAGGACGACCCCGACAGCGACCAGGAGCACGACGGGGACAUGCAGGAGCUGCGGAAGAGCGACGCGGUGCCCCUGCCGCCGCUCGAGUCGUGGCAGGAGGAUGCCGAGCUGGGGGCGGUGCCCGUCGGGUAUGGCCACCGCAUGGUCACCAUGGUUCAGCUCCGCUACUCCAUUCGGCCCGCCCUGCGCAAGCAGAUCGAGGGCCAGGCUGCCAGCAAGGGGUGGCAGCUCUCGCCCGUCGUGCCGAUCAGCUCGGAGAACCUCGAUGGGAGCCGCUGCACCCUCGAGCUGGGCAGCGACGCUGGGCCAGCGCAGGGGGGCGUCUACCUGUUCCAGGCCCGCCUUGGCGACGGCCGCCGCUGGUCCGCGUGGUCGCCGACCUCGGUCGCCUUCAGCUGGCGAGUGCCGCCGCCCGUGCCGCCGGUCGCCUCGCGGGCUGGAGCGCAGCCGCAGGUGAUGGCUGAGGUCACCUCCUCGAGCUCGGCGCGCGUGCGGUGGGGCGACUUCAGGCCAGCUCCAGGGCUGGUGCUCUUGGAGUACGAGCUGCUGGCCGUGCUCCAGGAGCCCGAGGGCGGCAUCGGCGGCCCCUCCGUGGUGGCGACGUCCUUCCAGCACAGGUACCGUGGGGGCGUUGUCGAACACGACAUCACGGGCUUGAUCCCGCUGAAGACGUACGUCUUCGCCGUGCAGGCCAGAUACCCGCAGGUGGGCGGCAGGGUCUGGGCGGGACGGCUCGAGUCAGCACCCGUGGCGCUGGAUCAAGCAGAGACCAUGCUAGACCCGCCUGCCCCGUGCCUCGUGGCAGACACCAGGGCCGGCGAGGAUGAGGCCGCGCAGGCUGCCGAGGGAGCCUUCGCUCUCGUGGAGUACCCCGACGAGGAGGAGGGCAUGAGCUACACCCUGCAGUACGCACUGGCGGUCGGGCCGGACGCCGACGCCGAGAUGCGCACGAACCAGGGCGUGUGGUGCAGGCCGUUGGGGGUCGCGGCCCUGGACACGGAGGAGGCGGCGGACGUCGUGGGCACGGCCCCGCGCUGGCGCGCCGAGCUCCUGGACGUGCAGCGCUUCUGGAGCGAGCCGCUGGCGCUGGCGCUGCUGCAGCGGGUGUGCCUCCGCCUCCGCGCGCAGGGCGCCGACGACGCGCCCUCAGCGCGCCUCUGGUCCUCCCCGUCGGCGCCCGUCAGCACAGGCGUCGCGCCCCCCGAGGCCCUGAGCGCCGCCGUGGUCGCGGCGGGGCGCAGGCUCGCGCUGCGGGCCUUCUUCUCGCUGGACCUGGCCCUCGCCGAGGCCCUGGCCGCGGCGGGCCCCGCGCGGGUGCAGCGGGCGCGCGCGGACUUGCAGGAGGCGCUGCAGCGCGUCGGGGACCGGCCCGCGGCGGCGGGCACGGCGGCGCCGGGCGCCGCGCACGACGGCCUCCGCGCGCUGCACGAGCCGCAGCGCGCCUGGCCGCGCGGCUUCGGCCACGCCUUCGUGACGCGCUGCCAGCUGCGGCUGCGGUGGCUGUCGAGGGCCUCGGCGGGCGCCGGCGCGGAGGGCAGCGGCGAGCACGCGGGGGGCGGCGCAGAGGGCUGGGGCGCCUGGUUCCACUGCCCAGACGUGCCUCUGCCCGAGGAGGCCUGCCGAGAUGAUGCGGGCUCGCUGGCGAGCGGCCCCCGCGGCUCACGCGCGCGGUGGUUCUCCACAGAGGCCCUUCAGCCUCCAGGGCGGGCGCUGAUGGCGGGGGACGUCGUGCAGGUCGCCGUGCGCGUCGGAGAUGGCCUGAAGUGGUCUGCCUGGAGGGGUGCCAAGGAGCUCACGGUGGCCAUCGCGCCCCCGCGCCCUGCUCAGGACCAGGACACUGCCAAGGCCUCCUGGGUCGGGGACGCGUGCACAGUCCGCUGGCCAGCUGCCGCCGCCGCCCCUGGGCUAGACUCCAUCGAGUACCAGGUGACCGUCCAUCCCGACUCUGGCGCGCUGGCAGCCCGCAUCGCCGCCGUCUUCGACGGCCCCGCCGCCGCGGCCAGCAGCGCGGGCGCGGGCCCCGCGCCGGCCCCCGCGCGGGCCGGAGGCACCUCGCAGCCGCAGCCGGCCGGGGGCGGGCGGCUGGUAUGCACGCAGGUGAGCGGCCUCUGCAGGCACGUGCGGUACAGCUUCACCGUGUCGGCGCGAUACCCCGCCGUGGGCUCCCGGGAGUACACGAGGCUGUUCCAGACCGAGCACGUCGCGUGGCGGCCAGGGUCGGUGGAGCCCGUCGCGGCGCCAGCGCCAGGGGCGCCCGCGCCCGAGCGGCCCGCACCCGCGCCGCCGGCGGUGGAGCAGGUGCCGGUGCCGAGAGACAGCAGGAGGCUCGCGCACUGGGAGGCGGAGGGCGAGGGGAUGCUCGUGCUGCUGAGGUGGCGCGGCCUGGAGGCGCCGGCCAAGGGCGGGCCCCCCGAGCCGCUGCAGUUCGAGGUGCACGCCUCCGAGGCCUCGCCGGGCGCGCCGCCGGAGGCCUCCGAUGGACCCUGGGUCCAGAGCGCAGCGACCCUCGUGGCGCUCGACGGGGAGCCCCUCGUGGCGCUGAGGCGGCCGCCAUUCGUGGUCAGCCACUUCCGUCUCGUGGACGCCGCCUCCCUGCGAGCGGGGCCCGCGUCAGCCGCAAUGCCUGCGGUGUACGAGCGGGUAACCGCGCCGCCCGUCGCGUCGAUGAGGGCGCUGGGCAGGGGCGUGCCGCGGGCACUGGGUGCGGAGUUGCGCUUCGUGCUGGGCGCGGAGAUGGGGACGCAUCGCUGGGCGACGCUGUGCCAGGUCCGCUUCCGCGCGCUCGGCGCUGGCAAGGACGAGGCCUGGGACGAGAUGGGCGAAGCUCCGCUGGGCUGUGCUGGAGGCAGCGGGCUGAUGGACGACGCUCGUGAGGCCACCGUCCUGGUGCGCGAGGAGGAUGGGCUGGACCUCGGCUCUGUCUACGAGUUCGCGGUGCGGGUCGGCGACAGCUACCGAUUCGGCCCCUGGUCUACGGCUUCCCGCCCGAUGAGGUUCGCGGUGUCCCCGCCGUGUGCGAGGGAAGACGCCAGCAUCCGCAUCCAGGCAGAAGAAACAAGCGCGGUGUUGUCAUGGGAUGCUUUCGGGCCAGAUGCGAAGCUUGCCGCAAGGCUGCCAAGCUUCGCGCAGCUGCCGGUGACGUACACCGUGAGCGUGUUCAGCGGGCAGGCGCGGGAGCUGGUGACGCGCUUAGACGUCCUGGGUGGUUGUUCCUCAGAGGCCCAGCGCAGCAGCGUCAUAAUUCCCUCGCUGUUGCCAGGAGUGUCAUACUCCGCCAGCUUGGUUGCCACGUGGAGCCGAUUUGGUAGCCGCUGCCCUUUCGAGUCUGGUGAGGGAAUGCCUCUGCUGAUUGCCUUCACAACGCGUCCAUCUUCCACGAGCUUAGCUGGCCGUGGCGGCAUCUCGGCGGAGGUCGAUCGGACCCAGCAGAGUGCCGCAUCCAGGCUCCUCGAGCCCUCGUCCGCGCAGCUCUCGGUGCUCCCGAAGGCCAGUGCGGAUGGCGCAUCCGUGCUUGCCUCGAGCGGCGAGGGCAUUUCCGCCAAGACCGGCAGGCAGCUUCCGCGGCUGAUCCCCAUGCCGCCCGCCAAGUUCCACGCGCGGGACCCCCUGACCAUGGCCGCCAUCCCGACGCCGCGGGCGGACAGGCCCGCCCACGCCAGGAGCCCCCGUCCGGCGGCGCUGAAGCGGGCGCUGGCCAGCGCCGAGCAGCCUCAGGGUGGGCUCGGGGGAUGGGCGGGCAGGCCUGCUACCCGCAGGGAAGCCGCGCGAAGGGCAGAGAGCAGGGGGAACGGACCCUCCGCGGAGUGAGAUCGGAGGGGCAGCAUGCCACGAGAGUGAGGCGUUCCAAGAUUUCUAGGAUUUCCAAGAUGUCCUGAUGUUCCACAGGGGCCUGGGUUCAGGAUGGGCCUGGCCAGGGGGCAGUGGAGAUGUGUAGAUUUCGUCGCCCUACGCGCGCCAGAGACGCUGU